AUGGUAUUCAACGCUGAGGAGAGUCAUUCGGUUGGGGAUGACAUGCUAUCCAAAGUCAUGCUAAGGAUAUUGGAGAGGGUCGUUGGGCCCAAUUUUGGAUCUGGAGGCCGAGGGUCGGUAACUGAACGACUCCGGUUCAAUAGAGCUGAGUUAUUUAGGGGUGCCACAAGAGUCACCCCUAAUGUGGCUGAGUUUUGGUUGGAGGCCACUGAGAGGAUUAUUAAGGACUUGGAAUGCACUUCCGAGAAGAAAUUGAGGGGUGUAGUCUCUUUGCUUCGCGACGAGUGCAAAGAUGUGAGGGCCAGUUAUGUUGAUACUUGCAGGCGUGAGUUCUUGAAUCUCACACAAGGUGACCGAUCUAUAGCCCAGUAUAAGGCCAAAUUCCUAAGGCUGAGCCGCUAUGCUCGAGGUAUGGUGGCAUCGGAAUAUGAGAGGUGUAUUCACUUUGAGGAUGGACUGAGGGAUAAUUUGAGGGUUUUGCUUACUCCACAAAGGGAGCGAGAGUUUUCUAUACUGGUGGAGAAAGCUAAGAUCACUAAGGAUGUUAAGCGCGUGGAGCGCCAGAAUAGGGAUCGAGAGAGAGUGACUGUGGGAGACGCCAUCCGGACGAGUGCUAAAGAAGGACUGGGGCAUGUUUGA